AUGCCCAACGAACCCCCCCUAACCGGACUCAAAGUCCUCGAAUUCGCCGGACUCGCCCCUGGCCCCUUCGCCGGCCUAAUCCUAGCCGACGCCGGUGCCUCCGUCCUCCGCAUCGACCGACCCCUUUCGUCGUCAUCCUCCCCCCCACCAACCGCCGACCUCCUAACUCGGCACAAAUCCUCCCUCGCCAUCAACCUCAAAGACCCCGCCGGCGCCGCCCUCCUCCGCACCCUCGCCCGCCACGCCGACGUGCUCAUCGAUCCGUACCGGCCGGGGGUGCUUGAAUCGCUGGGUUUAGGACCUGAUGUCCUGUGCGCGGCGAAUCCGCGGUUAGUGUAUGCCCGGCUGACGGGGUUUCGGAGAGAUGGACGGUUUGCCAAGAUGGCGGGGCAUGAUAUUAAUUAUUUGGCGGUUUCGGGGGUUUUGGGGUUGUUGGGUCGUCGCGACCACAACAACAACACCACCUCCUCCUCUCCAACAUCUCCAUCAUCAUCCCCAUCAUCUUCAAAAGCAACACCAACCCCCCCCGCAAACCUCCUAGCCGACUUCGCCGCCGGCGGCCUCACCCUCACCCUCGGCAUCCUCCUCGCCCUCCUCGUCCGCACCCACACCGGUCACGGCCAAGUCCUCGAAACCAACAUGGUCGACGGCGCCUCCUACCUCGCCUCCUUCGCCCGCUUGGCCCGCCACACCCCCCUCUGGGACCAACCCCGCGGUUCCAACCUCCUUGAUUCGGGAUGUCCCUGGUAUGAUUGUUAUGAAACUAAAGACGGGAAGUGGAUGGCUGUGGGGGCGUUGGAGCCGCAGUUUUUUGGGGAGUUGAUACGGCGGCUGCCUGGGAUGGAGGGGAAGGGGGGGGAGUGGGAGGGGGUUUUUGAGGGGAGUGAUGCUUGUUGUUCGCCGGUUUAUGAGUUUGGGGAGUUGGAGGAGGCAGACCAGAGAGAAAAUGAGAAAGACGGAAACGACAAAGAGGGGAAAACAAAGGAGGGGGAUCAGAGACCGGCUGUUACGUUGAGGGAUACGCCGUGGUUAGCGGUGAAGAGGGGGGAAGGGGGGGAUGAGAUCACGCGUGGGCAGGGACCCGGUGUGGAAGGGAAAGGGUAUGUGGGAUAUUCGUUGGAGCCGGGGCAGGGUGGGGAGGAGAGGUUGAAGGAGUGGAUGGGUUGGUCGAGGGGGGAACAGUUUGAGGUUAGAGAUGGGGGGUUGGUGUUGAAGGAUACGGCGAAGCUUUAG